AUGAGGAGACCAACCCUUCAUGGUAACGAGUUUGUCUCAGCAGAGCACAUACUACAAGCAGCUCUAGAAGAUGGACCCAUAGGGUUCAUGCUGUUGGAGGAGCCACCAUCAUCACUCCCGGCCUUUGGUUUUGUACCUACAGGCACAGACAAAGGAGUCGAGAUGGAGGUGGAGGUAGACAAGGUGGUGACGGCUGCAGACAUACCAAAGCCAUACCAAUACCUGCAAGAUGUGUUCGAUGAGGUGGAAGCAGACAAGCUGCCCCAUCAUACCGAGCAUGAUCUCCACCUCGAGUUGAUAGAAGGAGGUAAGCCACCUCAAGGGCCCCUAUACCUUAAGGGUCCCAAGGAGAUGUCCGAGUUGAGGAGAUACUUGGAUGAGAACCUUGAGAAGGGGUUCAUAAGACCAUCGAAGAGCCUGGCACGAUCACCAGUGCUCUUCGUACCAAAGAAGGAUGGAGGUCUCAGACUCUGUGUGGACUACAGAGGUCUCAAUGAGAUCACUGUCAAGAACAGGGCACCAUUGCCCCUCAUCGAGGAGCAGCUGUUCUUACUCAGGAAGGCAAGGAUCUAUACCAAGCUAGACCUUAGAGCAGCAUACAACCUCAUCCGGAUUGCUAAAGGGGAUGAAUGGAAGACAGCUUUUGGCACCCAGUUGGGACUCUACGAGUACCUAGUGAUGCCCUUUGGCCUAGCCAAUGCUCCAGCUCACUUCCAGUCAUUCAUCAAUGACAUCUUCCGAGACAUCAUUGGAGUAUAUGUAGUGGUAUACUUAGAUGACUUCCUGAUCUUCAGUGACACUGAGGAGGUACAUGUGAAGCAUGUCACCGAGGUCCUCACUUGCUUAAGGAGCAACACGCUCUUUGCUAAGCUGUCGAAGUGUGAGUUCCACACCAAGACAGUCAAGUUCCUGGGGUACAUCAUCAAGCCGACGGGCAUAGAGAUGGACCCAGAAAAGGUGCGCACUGUCAAGGAGUGGCCAAUGCCAGAGUCAAUCCAUGACAUCCAGAGGUUCCUGGGUUUUGCCAACUUCUAUCGAAGGUUCAUAGCCCACUUUGCUCGCAUAGCCAAGCCCUUGACAGCACUGGUAAAGCCUAUAGAACGGUUCAAGAAGUUCGAGCUACCAGAGGAGGCCCAACAGGCCUUCCACAAGCUUAUCCAGGCCUUCACAUCAGCAGGAGUGCUUCAGCACUUCGACUACCACCUUCCAACAAGGAAGAUGUCUUCUGCCGAGAAGAACUAUGAAAUCCAUGACAAGGAGCUCCUAGCUGUGGUUGCCUGCCUUACUCAGUGGCGACACAUGCUAGCUGGACUACCAAACCAACUGGUCAUCCUCACUGACCAUGAAGCCCUCAAGUACUUCAAGUCACAGAGACGCAUCACAGGUCGACAGGCUCGAUGGGCCAUACUACUAGCAGACUUCGACUUCAUAUUGCAGUAUCGACCAGGAGACAAAGGUGGUGAACCCGAUGCUCUCACCAGAAGGACAGACAUGCAACCAGCUGGUGAAGAGCAGGAUCACAAUGUGAGGCAACUACUGCCUCCUCGAGUGUUCAAGGAGACAGCAGACCAUGACUCGACCCUGGUGGCCCCUAUGCUCUCGAUGGAGUCCAUAGCAUCAAAAGGUCUCAGAGACCUGGUCAAGAUCUUCCAGCCCUUAGACCAAGAGCUACAGGAGAUACAUAGGAAGAAGCCCUUCGAACUCAAGGACGACCUAUGGUACAGUGGAGGAAGUGCCAAAGAGGUAGAUGGACAGUCUCUCUCGGUAGAGCAUCUGCGAUUCAUGGUGAUGACCCAAUGCCAUGAUGGUAUUACUGCUGGACACGUAGGAAGAGAUGCUACCAUCAAGGCAGCUCAACGACAUUACUGGUGGCCAAACAUGACAGCUUGGAUUGCAGACUAUGUAGCAAGUUGUCCUGUAUGUGCUAGGUACAAAGCUCCUCGUCACCAUCCAUAUGGUUUGCUACAGCCACUAGCAACACCAGACAGGCCCUGGGGCUCCAUAUCCCUCGACUUCAUUGAAGGACUACCACCAUUGAAGAAGUAUGACUCCAAGACCUAUGACUCUAUCCUAGUCAUCGUCGACAGGUUAACCAAGUUUGCCAUACUAGCUCCAACCCAUAAGACAGUCACGGCCAAACAGACUGCAGUAUUGCUAUAUGGACACAUGGUUAGACUCUUCGGAUAUCCAGAUCACAUGGUCUCGGACCGAGGCAGGCAGUUCAUAUCAGGAGCAUGGAAGGCAUUUGCAGAGCAAAUGGGUGUGAAGCACUCACUUAGUAUGGCUUACCAUCCUCAAACUGAUGGUCAGACAGAGAGAGUCAAUCAGGUCAUAGAGCAAUACCUCAGGAUGUACUGCAACUAUGAACAGGAUGACUGGGCCAACCUGCUGGACACUGCAGCCUUUGUAUACAACAACACGGUCCACAACAGCAUUGGUGUCUCACCAUUCUUUGCAUGCUAUGGAUGGAACCCCAAAGCUCGUCCUGACAUCCCUCAACGACUAGGAGUCAAUGAUCCAGGUCGCUUUGAGUACCUCAUGGAUGGAAAGGAGCGUUGCAAGUACCUCCAGGAGCAGAUCAGAGAGGCACAACGGAGAUCAGUAGACCAGUAUAACAGGAAGCACAAGGACAUCGAGUUUAAGGUGGGUGAUAUGGUCUAUAUCAACCGUCGAAACUGGAAGACACGGAGACCCACACCCAAGUUAGAUACCCGGUUUGCAGGACCCUACCCAGUUCAGGAACAGGUAGGACACCGAGCUUAUCGAAUCACAUUGCCAGCAAACCUUAGGGUGCAUGAUGUGUUCCAUGUCUCCAUGCUCGAGCCAGCAAGAACAAGUUCUCUUCCUCAACGUGCUGAACAGCCCACCAUACCAUCACUUCCAGAUGAGGACCUCGACUUCGAAGUCGAAGCACUCAUCGACAAGUGUUCACACAAUGGGACUACAGAGUACAAGGUGUUGUGGAGAGGGUACUCAGAGGAAGCUGCUUCAUGGGAACCAGUAGAGAACCUCAACUGUCCCGACCUCAUCCAGGAGUAUGAGGUGUCGGAGGGGGGACGAUGUCAUGGGCCUGGAUGCUCAAGAAGCAGGAGGGUCAUGGGUUCAUAUGGAAGGAGCACAGGUAUCGAAGAUCUAGUUGAGAUCAGUAGAGAGCAGGGUCGUAGUGCAGUCUCCAUGGAGACCAUGGACUCCUAUGGACUCACAUGCAAAGGAGGGCCAAGCACAGCCACGAGGAGGACCAAGCUCAAGGAGCAGGCACAGCCAUGA